UGUCCCUUGGGAUAAAGUCUGACAUGUAAAUUAGCCAACUGAAUCCGAAAAUAAUCGCGCCGCCCGGCAAGCAGCAGUGAAGUCCAAAUGAGCUGCUAAUAGAGCUUGCUCGUCCUUAUACCGUGCUACAAGACCCGAGUUCAAGCGUCAGCAGCGGCUCUGCACUGACUCAUGACUGCUCAGAAGAACGAUCUGUCCUUUGGCGUCCUCAGUCUCCUGUCCAAAGAGCGGGGUGUCUACGGGAUCCGUAAUGGUGACCAUGAACGAUAUCAGCGUCAUUGCUCCAACAAGAUACACAGGUUGAGACAGGUGUCGGGUCUGACGUGUGGCAAAGGGAAAGUCUACAAGAAACCCGUGGCUAUCACCAAGGAUACCGUUAAAGAUGUCCGCCAACUGCAACUUCUACUUUUCUCGUCUGAACGAUCCCUGGCGCACUCACAUCGCUUGAAAUCGCUCUCAUCCAAGCCUAAUGUCGAAAUCCCCAAAAGGACACUACGGAAAGAACAGAUAUCCUGGCUUCGAGCUGCUCUGAAAAGCUCGACAAGCCUUUACACUAUUGCCACGUCUUUAUCUAGCUCUUCUCAACUGGACACUCGGACACUGGCGGAAAUUACAAUCUACCAUUUGUCAAUCAGAUCGGAACUUUCGUUUGAACGAUCCAACUGGGCCGAGAGUCUCACGGAUCUCUGCGCACGACGCCGACUGCUGAUGACUAUGGGUGACGCCGCCAAGAACUCGUACGACCAUGCGCUUGCCAAUGAGUUCAUUGACUCGUACGACCCACUCAUCCGAUUCUGCGCAUACAAAUUGGGAAGAAAAGACAGUCACGAUAUCGAAGGGGUAGUCUCGGACAUCGACGACGAGAUGAUGGGAGAGGCCGUCCCUGAAUUUCUGAACCUCGUCAGUAGUCUCAGGGAAGCCGUUGGCGCGGCGGACUUGGAGAAGGGACGGAAAGAGCUGCAAGACGUCUCAUUUGCAGGUGACAAGAUUGACCUGAGAAAUGCCGAGUUCGUUCAGGUCAUGUUGAAAGUGCAGGAAACGCUUGGACGGCUCCAGCACAAGGCGGAAGGUGGAAAGGGAAGAGCGAUGAAAGGCUGGGAUAGUGUCUUGAGCGUCCUUGGCGACGCUGAAGGAGUCGCUAAGAGGCUACUGGAUGAUCACGAGGCAUCUGGAUCAUCGACCUCUCUCAAAUCCACUCGAACGGCUGAAACCCUUUCCUUGGCUCAUCAAUACAUCGUCUUCCUUCUCCUUUCUUACCGGGUCAAACGAGAUCUCGUCCUAGUCGAGACGUUACAAAACGCCUCGGUUGUCCCUUCCGAGCCGAAGAUAUUCAAGAUCCCCGGAGGUCGGGUCAAAGUCGAAGAAGCGGUCAAGAGUCUCGCUGCGAUCAUAAAGCUCUACGAUACCAUUUUGCAAAGUCUGUCUCAAGUGAGAUCUUUGGCGAUUGUUGAGGAGAAGGACGGGGUCAGGAUUAUGGCGGAAGGUUUGGAAGCCUUCUUCCACUCCAAAAGAUGCUAUCAACUUGCUCGUCUGCACUGUAUUCACCCUGCUCCGUCCUACGCUUCAGCCGUGCAGCUCGUGUCUCGAGCAGAUACCCUGGCUCAAAAAGCCAAGAGAGCGCUCACGAAACCCGACGUCCCUCUACAGGAAGAAAUCCUCACGAUCAAAUCGGAAGAGAUCGACAAGCUCGCAGCCAAUAUCCAAGCACUUGAAUCAGCAGCCAAAGAAGCCCUUUUCGCCGAACGUAUCCCGAAACCUGUAUUCUUCGACACAGCCUUCAACUAUAUCGAUCUGCCCAUGGACGACCUCGAGGUCUUGGCAGGUAUCAAGAAGAAAUCUGAACCACCUACUCCAUCCAAAGCAUCUUCUCAACCAGCUGCGCAUAGCGUUCACCCUUCAGCGCCUGCUGCAAAACCCAACGCCCCGGUCGAAAAGGUUAAGGCGGCUUCGAACCGCACCACGCGAGAGACUACACCUGCACUGGAAGAAGAUGGGCCGAAGGCUGGAGAGAAGCCAAAGGGAUGGCUUGGAGGAUGGUUUGGGAGAUCUUAGGUACGAAGGGAAAGAAAAUGCAUA